UUGCUUGCUCUCUCUAUAUAACCAUACUGCGCCACUAUUUUUUGUCUCUCCCCUUCUUCUCCUCAUCCCUUAAACACAAAGACAAAUGGAAUUUCCAGUAAGCUACAAAAUUUUUUCCUUCCCCAAAUUCAUACACAACACAUUACACUUUCUCCGUUCAAUAAAAGACUUCGUAUUCACAAUACUCUUUUUCCAUCCGUGUGCCCAAGAUAUAUAUUUGUCGACACGAUUCAAAACCCGACACGAGGUGCCAACUUUGUUGGAUGUUCUAACACGGGAGCUUUUACCUGUGGUAAAAUACUCGGAGCUUGUCGACCCUCCACAAACCUGUGCGGUGUGUUUAAAUGAGUUCUCUGGCUGCGAAGAAAUACGAAGACUGCCGAAUUGCCAACACGUGUAUCAUCGGAAUUGUGUGGACCGGUGGAUGGAUCAUGAGCAGAAGACGUGUCCGUUAUGCCGGACGCCGUUCAUUUCCGAUGACAUGCAGGCGGCUUUUAAUGAGAGGCUUUGGACUGCUUCUGGAAUCUCCGAUUUCUACUAGGAAUAUUAUUUAGUCGGGACUUCGUUUUUAUGUACUCGUACGCUAGAAUCUUUUAUUCUCAGAGAUACUUGUAAUAUUCCAUCAUCGAUAUAAGAAAACAAAAAAAAAAUUGAAUCACGAAAACUUGAUUG